GCUGGGCGCUGACAGCAGGGGCGGGGGUCCCCGCUGCCGCCGCCGCCGCCUUGUCUCGCGCAGGCUUCGGCUGGAGCCGCGGAGCCCCAGGCGCAGCCAUGGACCGGCCCCUGGCGGCGUCGACGGAGGCGGAGGAGGAACUGGAGUGGCAAGUGGCGAGUCGGAGGAGGAAGGCCUGGGCCAAGUGCCGCGGCUCCUGGCAGGCGUCGGAGACGGAGGAUCUGUCCACAGAAGCGACGACGCAGGACGAGGAGGACGACGACGAGGAGGACCUCCCCGGCGCGAAGCUGCCGGCGGCUGCGGGGAGAGGAAACGUGCCCAACGAGAAGAUCGCGAUAUGGCUCAAGGACUGCCGUACACCUUUGGGAGCCUCACUGGAUGAGCAAAGCAGUAGUACACUCAAGGGUGCGCUUGUGAGAAAUGGAGGAAGUUUUGAAGAUGAUUUGUCCUUGGGAGCUGAAGCCAACCACCUCCAUGAAAGUGAUGCUCAGAUUGAAAACUGCAAUAAUAUCUUGGCCAAAGAAAGAAGACUACAGUUUCAUCAAAAAGGGAGAAGUAUGAAUUCCACCGGAUCUGGGAAAAGUAGUGGGACAGUCUCAAGUGUUUCAGAACUGUUGGAACUUUAUGAGGAAGAUCCUGAAGAAAUUCUUUAUAACCUUGGAUUUGGACGAGAUGAGCCGGAUAUUGCUUCUAAAAUUCCAUCAAGAUUUUUUAAUUCAUCGUCAUUUGCCAGAGGGAUAGAUAUUAAAGUAUUUUUGAGUGCUCAAAUGCAACGGAUGGAAGUAGAAAACCCAAAUUAUGCUUUAACAAGCCGUUUUCGCCAAAUUGAGGUGCUUACCACAGUGGCCAAUGCGUUUUCCUCCUUAUAUUCCCAAGUCUCUGGGACUCCCCUGCAGAGAAUUGGAAGUAUGUCCUCGGUGACCUCAAACAAGGAGACAGACUCACCGCCGCCUCUAACUCGAAGUAACACUGCAAAUCGUUUAAUGAAAACACUAUCAAAACUAAAUUUAUGUGUUGAUAAAACAGAGAAAGGAGAAGGUAGCAGUCUUUCCCCAGCCAUUGAAAAAGGGAAGGUUCUAAGUGUUGCAGCAAUUGAAGAAAGUGUUAAUAAAAAUGAUCAAAAAUCUCAAAAAAUUAUAAAGAAGAAAGACUCAUCUUUCUUGCUGGCUACAGUUAAAGAGGAGGCAUCAGGUAGUUCAGCAGCUGUUUUGGAGAAUGUUGACAUUGACAAACUUUCAGAUGAAGCAAGUAGUAGCUUGAACCGAGAAACUGAAGGGGAACAAAGUGAAGCAUCUCAAAGUCGUGAGAAUAGACUGGGUGAGGAAUCUGGUAUUACAGAAUCUGAGUUAAGCAGUGAUUUCAACAUGUCGAGCCACAGUGAGCUAGAAGAUAGCAGUGCGCUCAAAAAUAUCCAUAUGUUCAUACCUGAAAAAGAGCCAAGUGCACCCCUGACGAACCCAUCCAUAAGAAAUAUAAUGGCACAGCAGAAGGACUCCUUUGAAAUGGAAGAGGUUCAAAGUACAGAGGGAGAGGCUCCUCAUGUGCCAGCCACGUACCAGCUAGGUCUGACCAAAUCCAAAAGAGAUCAUCUAUUUCGUACUGCAAGUCAGCAUUCUGAUAGCAGUGGUUUUGCUGAAGAUUCAACAGAUUGUCUGUCCCUUAAUCAUCUUCAGGUUCAGGAGUCCUUGCAAGCCAUGGGGAGUAGUGCUGACAGCUGUGACAGUGAAACAACGGUCACAUCAUUUGGCGACGGCUUUGUCACACCAAAAGCACAAGACCAGCCUUACUUUAAUGAAUCUGAGGAGGAGUCUCUUAUCCCUUUUCAGGAGGGAAGAGAGAAGGCAGCAACAGGUACUGACAAAGGGAAGUCAGAUAGCCAGAAUCUCUCCAGAUAUGAGACUGUUGAGGAUGAUGGAAAUGAACAGUCCACCGAUCAUCAAGAGGAUUGCAUGACUGAAAUCACUGAAACUCAAGAGGAUUCGUCUCCAGCCCAGAGAGUUGAGCUAACAAGGGAAGAAAGUGCUGAAAGUGAUAUGGAUAAAAGCAGUGAAUGUGAAUUUGCACAGUAUACCACACACCAUAUUCUUAAGUCAUUGGCUUCUAUUGAAGCUCAGUGCAAUGAUAAGGGCUCCGAAGAUACAGUUGUGCCUCCUCCCUCUUCUGUGGACAGAGUUAAUACAGCUUUGCAAAGAGCUCAAAUGAAGGUUUGUAGUCAAAGAGUAGGGCGUAGCCUGAUAAAAUCGAAAGAUCUGUUAAAACAGAGGUACUUAUUUGCAAAAGCUGGCUAUCCCUUAAGACGGUCUCAAUCUUUACCAACCACGUUAUUGAGCCCAGUAAGGGUUGUGUCUGCUGUCAAUGUUCGCUUGUCUCCAGGAAAAGAGACCAGAUGCAGUCCGCCUUCCUUCACCUACAAGUACACACCUGAAGAGAAGCAGGAAUUGGAAAAAGAGGCAACUGAGCAUGAUGGCCAGUCUCUGGUUAAAUCCACUAUUUUCAUCUCUCCAUCAUCUGUGAAGAAAGAAGAAGCCUCCCAGAGUGAAGUGAAUCAGGCGGAGGAAGGCCAUCAUCGAAGGACUCCCACCUGCUCAUUCUAUUCUCCAGCACCUAUAUCACAGUCCACCUGCUCCCUUCACUCUGUCCACUCUGAGUGGCAGGAGAGGCCCCUGUGUGAGCACAUGAGAACUCUGAGCACUCACAGUGUUCCCAACAUAUCUGGCGCCACCUGCAGUGCCUUCUCUUCUCCUUUUGGGUGUCCUUACACACACAGACAUGCUGCCUACCCUUACCGCGCAUGCUCCGUGAACCCUCCUUCUGCCAUCGAAAUGCAGCUGAGGAGAGUGUUGCAUGAUAUUAGAAACUCUCUGCAGAAUCUUUCACAGUACCCCAUGAUGAGAGGACCUGAUCUUGCUGCUGCUCCAUACAAUACUCAGAAAUCAUCUGUUCUACCUCUUUAUGAAAAUACUUUUCAGGAGCUCCAAGUAAUGAGGCGCAACCUGAAUUUGUUUAGAACACAAAUGAUGGAUUUAGAACUGGCAAUGCUACGUCAGCAAACCAUGGUUUACCAUCAUAUGACUGAAGAGGAGAGAUAUGAAGUUGAUCAGCUCCAGAGUUUGAGAAAUUCAGUCCGGAUGGAGCUUCAGGACCUGGAGCUGCAGCUGGAGGAGCGCCUGCUGGGUCUGGAGGAGCAGCUUCGCGCUGUGCGGAUGCCCUCUCCCUUCCGCUCCUCAGCACUGGUGGGAAUGUGUGGCAGUAGAAGCGCUGAUAACUUGUCAUGCCCUUCUCCAUUGAAUGUAAUGGAACCAGUCACUGAACUCAUGCGGGAACAGUCAUAUCUGAAGUCUGAACUGGGCCUGACGCUUGGGGAAAUGGGGUUUGAAAUUCCUCCUGGAGAAAGCUCAGAAUCUGUUUUCUCCCAGGCAACAUCAGAGUCAUCUUCUGUGUGUUCUGGUCCCUCUCGUGCUAAUAAAAGAACUGGAGUACCUUCUAGUGAUUCUGUGGGCAAACCCAAAACCCAGUUAGUGUCAAGCAGGAAAGUCUUCCGUGCGUCGGUAGCCCUCACGCCGACAGCUCCUUCUAGAGCAGGUUCUGUGCAAACACCUCCAGAUCUGGAAAGUUCUGAGGAAGUUGGAGCAGCUGAAGAAGCCGCAGAGCCAGUAGGACCUAGACCUGAAGUGGAAGAAGGGCCUGGAAAUAUCCCAUUAAGGCCAGCUGCUGAGGAAAUACAUAAAAAUGUGGAGCAAGAUGAGCUGCAGCAGGUCAUACGGGAGGAUGACAUGGAUCGUAUUAGCUGUAUAAUAUUGGGGUUAUCAAUGGUAUACACUGGUGGAGGUGUUAUUUGUGCUUCAGAAGAGACUUGCUGCUGAGCUGGGCUACUGUAUAAAUAUACAAUGUUUAUUUCUUCUAUGCAUAUCUUUUAGAAGUACGUAGAAACCUAGCCACUUUGCUGACCAUUCUUCUCUACACUAUCAAAACUGUAGCAGUUUGAAAACCUAAUAUUUAUUUGUAUGUCAAUAUUUUCUAAUUGAUUCCCUAUGUAGAAUUAAUUUUAAAACUUGAAGACUCCAAGACUUAACCAACUUUUAAAUAACAUAUUUCUUCAGAAUAGCUUCUUAAAACACUGACCUCUAUGAGGUAUUUACUGUGCAAUAACUGAUUCAUUUUUUGAGAGCUUGAAGCAACCAAUGAUUUUCCCUCCACUGCUGUUAAUUAGUGUCACUUCCAAGAAGAAGAACUGUUCUGUUGUAAAAAUUGCUAUUAAAUUCUUGAGGAGGCUACUAAUAGCAGUAUGAUAGAAUUAGAUGAGGCUACCUACAGCUACUUAAUGUUCUUACACUGUAAGCCUUGUUACCUUACCCAGGACAAAUGUCAUUUUAUUAUCGCUUACGUAGUAUUUUUCUUUUGGAAAUGUGCCUUAUGUUAAACACUAUGUACCUUUUGCCUUGUCCAGGCUUCUUUAUUUUAAGGAGGGGUUUCUUCCUCUGUCUUCUAGACAAAAUAGUAAAGUAUUGCCAAAAUAACAAGGCCUAUGACUUGAAUGGAUAGAAAUGAUUAAGCUGGUUUUUGUCUUUUCAAAGUGGAAGUAAUUUAGAUUUGUUCCCCUCAUCCAUAAAUGGUUGUAAUUCAGUUUUGACCAGUGAAAAAUGUUCAUUUUUACAAAAAAAAGGAAAAUGAUUUCCCAUUUGGUUUUAUAUGUGUUAAAUAGACGUGUAAAGUAACAACCAAAUGUUAUUGGAAUUAUUAUUUUAGCAUUUAUAGUUUUUAACUCAUUAUGUUUCUUUGUGUGUAAAAUUUUAAUCAAAAGUGGUUGAGAUGUUAACAGUAUUCUUUGAAAGAAUAUCUAAAAGGUCUAUAAAUGUCAAAUUAUCACACAAAGGCUGAUUUCUAAAAAAAAAAUUAUUAAAACAAUAAAGUAUUUAUUUUGCCUAACAUGCUAUCAGUGGUUUCUUUUCUGGAGUUGCGACAUGAAGAAUUUGGAUUAGAUUUGAUCAGUAACAAAAUCUAAAAGAAUUGCAGCACAUAACAAAAUAGGUUUUUAUUCUCUUUUCUUGAAAGAGGCUUCAGUGAUGCUUAAAAAGUGCUGUUGAGACUAGACCACCCUGGAGAGAGAGCACAUACUGCUGUCUGUUGGCCUCAUCCAGUUCUGAGGUCCUGAUGAUUACCAUCUGCUACCACAGAAAACUGGCUUAAACUGCACUGUUAAGACUACAAAAAAACAGACAUUAAAAUAUUCUUUUAUUCUUUGGUUAAAUUAUUCAGCAAUUUAACUAGUUGACUCUAAUAGCAGUAAUGAUAAGUAUAGACCAAACAACCCCAUCUUAAUGUUAAUAACAGGAAUCAUUGAUUUUAACUGUUCAGUUUUGUACCCAAUUUUAGUUCAUUUCUGACAAUACGUGAUACCCAAAAUUUGAUCUUCAAAGUUAGGGAUAUAACAGUUGCAACAACUUAUAAGGUGAACAAUGGACAGAUCAGUUACACAGCAUACAGAUGAAAUAAAAGGAACCUCAAUGCUACUAGAGCUUCAUCUUCCCUUAUUUUAAACCUUUGUUAUGUAAUAAAUAUCUGAAAGCUAUUAUGUUCAAGCCACCAUGCUAGCUGCUAUAUAGAAAUGAAGAAUGAGAGAGGGCCUAAAAAGUAGAUGGGGAAGCAGGCAUCUUUUUGUUAAUGGCUAAGUUUAGAAAUGCAAAAUAGAAUAAUUAAAAAGAAAUCGAGAGUAUAAUCUGGGGUAGUCGGAGAAGUCUUACCAAAGAGAUGUGGUUUGAGUAAAAACUCAAAAAAUGGGAAGCCGAAGGGGCAGGGUUCAAAUAGUCAAGAAUAUUAGCAAAGGUUGUCCAGAA